CAAUUAUAGACGAAGUAUAUGAACCUCGUCUGUGCUUAAGAGUAGAUUUUUCAGUGAUUUUUUUUCUGAUCGGUAUUUCAGACUCUGAGACACAAAUUCCUAUUUUAUGUCCGGUUUAUUCUUUCUUUAGUCAAUGCUUGAACAUGGACCAAAAGGAGAAGAAAGAAAAUAAAUUUUAUGAAACAUUGUUCUUAACUGGGAUAGCAGGGAUAUCUUUAAUAAGUGGUUUCUUCAAUGCGUUGUCAUCAGUUAAGAAAAAAGAUAGUAAAAAUUUUGAUAUCGGACUUACAGGAGCGAAAGGUCUUCAUGAAUCUGGCGCAGCUCUUGCUACAAGAGCUUUAUUCUGGGGUUCUGUAUGGGCAAUUGGUGGUUGUGGUAUACUUUUUUAUGGGAUUUGGAAGCUUUCUGGAGCUACAACGGCUCAAGAGUUUCGAUUAAAGGUUGGAAAUAUUUUACCAAAGAUACCAAAAAAUAAUCCUCCUCAGAGUAGAACCGAAUUUGAAAAUCUUACAGAUUUGUUAAGGUAUGUUUCUGAAGAAUGGGGUAAAGAAAAAUAGUUUUUUCUCCUAUAAAACUCCUGUAAGAAAUAUGAGAAUUUGAAAUUGUAAAAAUAAUUAUUUUACAUUGAUUUAAAGAAAUAGUUUUAAAUUGGGAAUCUUUAUCGCAUAUAUCUUUUACUUGUUGCAUAAAAAAUUAAAGGUUUAUAAUGUAAUACUUCAUUUUAUAUUUGUAUUAUAUAGUGUUUGUAUAUACUUGUACACUAUUAAUAAAUAGCACUAAUAGUUUUAACUUGUAAA